AUCGAUAAAUUUAUAUUUUCAAUAGUAUCAACAACUCUAUCUCCGACACGUCAGAAUAUUUCAGAAUUUAGUUAAUUAUUUGCACAGCUGUCGGAUUUAGAUAAAACUUAAAGUACACUCCAAAAGAAACACACAACCAGUCAUGGUGCAGAACGUGGCCCUGCUGGGCCUGACUUUGAUUACAACAUCUGUGUUGAUUUCCAUAUCCGUGGUCUCUGCGCUGCCCGUGACUCAAAAUAAAAAGGCUGACAAGGAGGCUGAAUCCAGCACCCCGGCCCCCGCUGACGUGGAGACAUCUCUUGAGUAUGAACGCUACCUACGAGAAGUGGUGGAGGCCCUGGAGGCAGAUCCCGAAUUCCGCAAAAAGUUGGACAAGGCCCCUGAGGCGGACAUAAGGAGCGGAAAGAUUGCUCAGGAACUGGACUAUGUGAACCAUCAUGUACGCACCAAGCUGGACGAGAUCAAACGCCGCGAACUUGAGCGUCUCCGGGAACUGGCUAACAAGGCCUUUGAGCUGUCCAACGACAUUGACCGAAAGCACCUCAAAGUGCCCCUGCAUUUGGACCACGAAAACGAGCACACCUUCGAGAUUGAGGAUUUGCGCAAGCUGAUCCAAAAGACCUCCGAUGACCUCGCUGAGGCAGAUCGCAAGCGGCGUGGCGAGUUCAAGGAGUACGAAAUGCAAAAAGAGUUUGAGCGCGAGGCACAGAAAAAGGAAAUGGACGAGGAGUCGCGCAAGAAGUUUGAAGCUGAGGUCCAGGCUAAGGAGCAGAAACACAAGGACCACGAGAAACUCCACCAUCCUGGCAAUAAGGCCCAGCUCGAGGAGGUGUGGGAAAAGCAGGACCACAUGGACAAGAACGAUUUCAAUCCCAAGACCUUCUUCUCCAUCCACGAUGUUGAUAGCAAUGGCUACUGGGACGAGGCGGAGGUAAAGGCCUUAUUUGUCAAGGAGCUGGACAAGGUCUACCAGAGUGAUCUUCCCGAGGACGAUAUGCGGGAGCGGGCCGAAGAGAUGGAACGCAUGCGGGAGCACUACUUCCAGGAAACUGAUACGAACCACGAUGGUCUCAUCAGCAUCGAAGAAUUUAUGGCCCAGACCACCAAGGAGGAAUUCCAGAAGGACCCUGAGUGGGAGACUAUCGAUCAGCAGCCACAGUAUACUCACGAGGAAUAUUUAGAGUAUGAACGUCGGCGGCAGGAGGAGGUACAGCGUUUGAUUGCCCAGGGUCAGUUGCCGCCGCAUCCAAACAUGCCGCAGGGCUACUAUGCAGCACCACACCCUGAUGGCGUAGCCUAUCAGCAGGUUCCACAGCCAGGUGGCCAGCUUCAUUACCAACAGCCCGAUCAGGUGCACCAUCAGCAGCAGCAACAAUAUGCUCAACAACAGCAGCAGUAUCAGCAGCAAUAUGGACAGCAACCCGUGCAACUACAUCCCAAUCAGGUGUACCAGCAUGCUGGCCAGAUUCCUCAGCAGCAGCAGCAACAGCCCAUCUAUCAGCAGCAGCAACAUCAGGCAAACUACCAGCAACAACAGCAGCCCAUCUACCAGCAACAGCAGCAGCAGCAGCAACCAAUUUAUCAACAGCAACAGCCCGCCUAUCAGCAACCCAUACAACAGCAACAACCUGUGCAGCAGCAGCAACAACCUGUGCAACAGCAGCAACAGCCUGUGCAGCAGCAGCAGCCACAGCAAACUGUGCAACAGCAGCAGCCACAGCAAACUGUGCAACAGCAACAGGAACCUGUGCAACAGCAGCAACAACCUGUGCAACAGCAAACAGUACAACAGCAGCAACAUCCACAAGAUUCCAAUCAUAGUCCUCCAAUCACUCAAAAUCAACAGGUUCCAAUACAACAACAACAAAAGGACCAGAUAAGCCAACCAGCGCAACAACAACAACAGAAACACUAAACAUUCCGUACUGAGGCAUUUGCAUUUCGAAAUGUUAGCGAUACGUUUUGAAAAUUGUAGUUAUGAGAACACAAUGUGAUUGGACUGAAAUAGCGAGCAUUAAACCAUUUAUCUCAAUAUAAUUACAUUUAUUUUUCAUUGGCAAUGAUACUAUUAAUUGAAAAACAUAUACCGCAAAAGUAUACUUUUUUCUAUUUCUAUAAUCUCGUUCUCAUUUCUGCAAUAUUAAAUAGGCGCAACUUUUUUUAACGAAUUUUUUGUACAUAUGAGUUUUGUAGCAACCGAUAAUUAAAAGCAUUUCCACGAGA